GCGAGUUCCUUCUGUGCGCUAAGUUUUGCUCUGAGAAGGCUGCUGAGCAUAUGGUGGAACAUGGGAUCAAAUGACUAAUCCUGAACUUUCUCAUAUCAAACUAGAAAUUUAAUUUUGUUUGCACAAAAAUACGUUUUCCAGUGCAUGUGGAUGGGGAGACAUCUGGAGAAAAGAGCAGCGUAGGCAGAGCCGUGCCUUGAGGACUGAGCAGCCGUGCUGACCAUGAGCGAGCAGAGUCACGUCAACAGCCUGUUCCUCAACGAGGACGCAGCCAAGCGGCUCAAUGCCGAGAGCCGGGUGCAGCGCUUCCGGCAGGCGGUGCAGAAGCGGGCAGCACGGGCCAAGAAGAGGAUGCACAGCAUCACUGCUGACAGCGCUAAAAGCUUCUUCAGGAGAAAUGCCUUUGUGCUCUUCACCAUUGCUGCAGUCUUACUAGGGAUCAUCCUGGCAUUCUCCCUCCGGCCCUACCAGCUGACCUAUCGCCAGAUCAAGUAUUUCUCCUUCCCCGGGGAGCUGCUGAUGCGUAUGCUCCAGAUGUUGGUUCUUCCUCUCAUCGUCUCUAGCUUGAUCACAGGAAUGGCCUCUCUGGAUGGCAGAGCCUCAGGGAAGAUGGGGAUGCGGGCUGUCGUCUACUACAUGGUGACCACAAUCAUAGCAGUCUUCAUUGGCAUCCUCAUGGUGAUCAUCAUCCACCCAGGAAAAGGAUCUAAGGAAAAGCUUCACCGAGAAGGCCGAAUUGAGCAGGUGCAGACCACAGAUGCCUUCAUGGACUUGGUGAGGAAUAUGUUCCCGCCCAACCUGGUAGAAGCCUGCUUCAAACAGUACAAGACGCAGUACAGCACCAGGGUCUUCACCAGAACCGUCCUCCACAGCAGCAAUGUCACAGCAGGUGUGACAACCACUCAGGCCCCUGCACCUGAGAACUUCACCAGCAUCCUGGAGAACAUCACUCAUGCCCUGGGGACCGUCUCCGAGGUGCUGACCUUUGAAGAAGUCAUUCCCAUCCCGGGCUCAGCCAAUGGGGUGAACGCACUGGGGCUGGUAGUGUUCUCCAUGUGCUUCGGUUUGGUGAUCGGCAGCAUGAAGCAGAAGGGACGGGCCCUGCGGGAGUUCUUUAACUGCCUCAACGAAGCCAUCAUGAGGCUGGUGGCCAUUAUCAUCUGGUAUGCUCCAGUUGGGAUCAUGUUUUUAAUUGCUGGCAAAAUCCUGGAGAUGGAUGACCUAGCAGUGAUGGGAGGCCAGCUGGGGAUGUACACUCUCACUGUCAUCGUUGGACUCCUCAUUCAUGCCCUCUGCAUCCUGCCACUGCUCUACUUCAUCGUCACUCACAGAAACCCCUGGGUAUUCAUUGCAGGGCUUCUACAGGCCCUCAUCACAGCCCUGGGCACCUCCUCAAGCUCAGCAACUCUGCCCAUCACCUUCAGAUGCCUGGAAGAAAACAAUGGUGUAGACAGGCGCAUCACGAGGUUUGUUCUGCCUGUGGGAGCUACGAUUAACAUGGAUGGCACUGCUCUGUACGAGGCCCUUGCAGCCAUCUUCAUUGCACAAGUCAACAACUAUGAACUUGACUUUGGACAGAUCAUCACAAUAAGCAUCACUGCCACAGCAGCCAGCAUUGGAGCUGCAGGUAUUCCCCAGGCAGGACUGGUGACUAUGGUUAUAGUGUUGACAUCAGUGGGGCUGCCUACUGAAGACAUUACGCUGAUCAUCGCUGUGGACUGGUUUCUGGACCGCCUUAGAACGACCACCAAUGUCCUGGGGGAUUCUCUGGGGGCUGGCAUUGUGGAGCAUCUCUCCCGGCAUGAGCUAGAUGCACAGGACUGCGAACUUGACUAAACAGACCCAGUAUACCCUCACAGACUAUUUGUCCAACUUUUCAAGAAAGCAUUGAAUUCUAAUCCUGAAGAGAAUUCCUGUAUAUAAAGGGCAAACUGACAGAUGAAUCGGAAGAAAAGAUUGUUGGAUUGGACUCUGGCUCAAAUGGGAAUUAAUAUGGCUUGGAUCAUACAGAGAGUCAAACUAGAUGAUUAUAACGGUCCCUUCUGGCUUUGUAAUAUAUGCACGUGCUUUCUGGUUUAAAGAUAUUGCAAAGGGUCCUUCCAGCCCAAUCAUUUUGAAAAACUAUCUGGAAGGAUCCUAAUGAUACUUUAAUAAAAACUCAGCAGGAGUCUAGCCUGUUUCCAAUUGCUGUUAGCAGACAUGUAAACACAUCACAAAAGGGGCUCUCCACACCACACUGCAUCACCGUGAUGUCAGAUGUUCCCACAAAGUAGUACACCCCAAGCCUUGCCAUUUGUGAUUUCCUGCUUUCAACACAAGACUAAUGGAGCACAAACAAGUAGAGGCCUCAUUUUCAAAUACUGCAAACCAGUCUCCCAUGGGGAAUUUCAAAAUUCAGCUGAUAGUUUCUAGUUCUGGUGUUUACCCAUGUUAACCAGUUUAUGACUGGGAUUAUCUAUCUGUUUACAGUACCCGAACCGUAAAGUAUUGUCAGGAAUUUGCAUAUAUAUAUAUAUACACACACCUCUCUAUAUAAAAGGGGCGCAUGUGCACAAACAUACAUAUACACAGAGUUCAUUCUUUUUGUUGCUAAUCCAAGAAGGGAAGGCAAUACUAAACUCUCACUCUGUAAAGCUGCAUACUUCAUUUUGAUGCCCACCUUGGUUUAUCCAACUAAUCCCAUCCUUAAAACAAC